AUGCAAACGGAAGAACAAAAGUUGAAACAAAAAUGCAAAGACCUCAAGAGGAAAAUACGCGAAAUUGAAGACAGCAGUGAGAUCGUGACGAUUGCCGUGUCGAGGGCGAAAUUGGCUGUUCGUAGAUUACGCUCUGAGUACACUUUACUGUUAGAGGUAUUGGAACAGAAAACCGUCGUUGCCGAGGAAGACCAGACAGAAGCUGAUGGAUUAAAUGGGCCAGAUAUUGAUGACUUUAGUGGUCUAAACCAUCUCCUCGCAUCAACACCGUCGAAAACGAAACAGAGCGCCCCCGUGAGCGCUAAGAAAAAGCGCGGGGGAGUUGGAGCGCUUCGCAAAGCCAGAGAGAAAGAUCCAAGUAUCCCGAAAAGACCAACGAAUGCAUAUCUGAUCUUCUGCGAUCUGGAGAAGGAGAACGUCAAGAAGGACCUGGACUCCAACAACCCAGGAGUGGUGAUGGAUUUGUCAAAGGGGCUCACCGAAGCGUGGAAGAAGUUGGAUGAAGAGGCUAGAAAGCCAUAUUACAAGUUAUACGAGGAAGACAGGCUGAGGUAUCACAGAGAGCUGGAAGCGUACCAGAAGAAGAAGAGUGCCAGUGCCGACUCGCAAUUGGCUACUUCCGAGCCCCCAAGCACUCCAGUCACGGAGCCAGUUGAGCCCAACGAGCCCGUCGAGCCGAUUGAGAAUAAGGCAUCUGCCGAGGCUGCUGAGUCGUCUAAAGCAGCGGAAGCAAUUGAGCCAGCUGAUCAGACUGAAAUAGUACCUGCUGCGAGCGAGCUGAAAACAGAACAGCAAGAAGAACCCAAGUCAGACGUUCAGAUGUCCGAGGCUUCUACAGAAGUUGCUGAACCAAAGGUUGAGCCCAAGGUUGAGUCCGAGGAUACCAAGGCUGAAGAUUAG